CUGGACUGUGAGGUGAAAGGAUACUAAAAAAUUUUCCUCUGGCUGGCUUGGAGUGCUUGCGAGGCAGAAUGUCUUCAGGUGGUGAGCCACCCACAUCCCAGGCAUUUACGCCUUUUUGGAUUGCUGGGCCAGGCUCUCCAUCCACACCUGUGGUCGGAAACCCAGUGGCCAAUCCUGUUCCCAGUAGUGACUUGGGAACACUGGGGGCUGCAGGAGUAGCUAGCACAGUGCCACCAACUAUGUCACAAGAUAUCACCACUAUGGCCAAUGCUGUUCCUCAUGAUGACUUCACAAAUGGUCUCCCAGAGACACAGCCACCACAACAGCCUCAACAACCAGGGCCUCCAGAACCUCAAACUCUAGUUGAAGCAGCACCACAACCAGAACCCACCCUAGAAGCUGCCCAGGUGCAGUCUACCCCCACUGAAGUUACAGUAGAUGGCAACACUCAAGCAUGUUCUAGUGGUGCGCCAACUAAGUUCUUCCACACUAAUGUUGAGGAGGAAGAGGAGAGUAUCUUGGAAAAACAGAAGAAGAAGAACAAAGUGCAACGAAGAAGACUUUCACCAUCCCAUAGAGAAAUGAUUAUUGAUCUUGUAUUCAAUGAGAAGAAAACAUCCAGAGAGGUUGCACGGUACAUGGGAUUGCCACAGUCAACAGUUAUGUCCGUUGUACAAGUUUUUAAGAAGGAACAUCGCAUACACAAGAAGACAGCUACGGGUCGUAAGCGUCGCCUCACAACUGCCCAAGAGUUCCAGCUAUUUGAAAUGUCACAAGAAAGAGAGAACAUAUCAGUCGAUGAAAUCCGUACACGCUUCCUACAAUUAUUCCCAGAAUUUGGCCAUAUAUCAAAAACUACCAUCUACAGAACAUUAGAAAGAGGAAAGAAAGGGUUAAUAGGUAUGGAUCCUCCUCCUGAGCGUUAUUUAGAACCAAUUGAGCGUUACUGGGGACCCAAGAAAAGGGGAAGACCCAAAAAGACAGGGACAGGUUUAGAGACAUCAGCCAAUCACAGCUUACUUGAGCCAAGUGUUAGUAUAAUGGAAGAGACGGGACCUAUAGACACUACGUCAGAUAAAGAUAUCAGUAGACAAAGACGGUCUCUCUCCAUUGCUGAAAGAGAGAUGAUUAUCAGUCUUUUCUUCAAUGAAAAUAGAACAAUUAGAGAAGUAGCAGACUUCAUGCACUUGGCUAAAUCAACAGUAUCAUCAGUUGUACAGGUGUUCAAAAAAGAACAUCGAAUUCAACGAAAAACCUCAACGGGUCGAAAGAAAAAGUUAUCAGAUGAACACGAACAAAUGAUAAUGGAUAUUCUCUCACACAAAGAAGAUAUCACAAUAGAAGAGACAAGAAAUAGAUUCCUCUCACUUAAUCCUGAAGUUCCUAAUAUCAGCAAAAGUACAAUAUAUAGAAUAAUGGAAAACUGUCAGUCUAAAUUGAGAGCCAGAUCUGAUAUGGAAGUGUUUGUUGGUACUUUCGUCCACUCAACGGAGGACAGUCCUAUGGUUGUUCUUACCGACAUGGUGAUGGGGGUUCUCAACACCAAGAUUGAAUUUAUGGAGAGUUUGGAGGAGCUGGAUCACCUCAAGGCUGAGUAUGGCUUCACAGACUCCAACAUUCACUAUAUGACACCAAGCCAGUUUAUGAUGCCAGGAAUGAUAGACACACACAUCCAUGCAUCACAGUUCCCUAACAAUGGUGUAGCUAUGGACCUGCCGCUGCUUGAGUGGUUGCAAACCUACACAUUCCCAACUGAAGCCAAUUUCUCUGACACGCUUUUUGCCAGAGAAGUCUAUAGUAAAGUAGUGGAACGACUGCUCAGGAAUGGGACAACAACUGCCGCAUACUUUGGAACUAUCCACCUUGAGGGCUCCAAAAUCCUGGCUGAUGUUGUCCAUGAUAAGGGCCAGCGUGCUCUCAUUGGUAAAGUGAACAUGAUGCGUAACUGUCCUGAAUAUUAUAGGGAGCUCAGUGUGCAAGAGUCCAUCAAAGACACAGAAGAAUUCAUCCGUUACAUUAGAAGCAUUCAGUCUCCAUUAGUACAACCAAUCGUCACUCCUCGAUUUGCUCCUACUUGUCCUGAAGAUCAGCUAGCUUCAUUAGGUCAACUAGCAGUUAGAUAUGGCUGCCAUAUUCAGAGUCAUUUGUGUGAAACUCAGCCAGAGUGUAAUUGGGUUAAAGAACUUUUUCCAUGGGCUAAGUCUUACACAGAUGUUUAUGACAGCAUGAGACUACUCAGUGAGAAGUCUAUCAUGGCUCACUGUAUAUGGUUGGCUGAUGAAGAGAUUUACACACUUCGUGAACGAGGAGUUGGCAUUGCUCAUUGUCCAAAUUCUAAUAUCUCUAUCCGGUCAGGCCUGUGUGACAUCCGUCGACUACUGAAUCAUGGGCUUAAAGUUGGCCUUGGUACAGACUGUUCUGGUGGCUACAGCUCAUCUAUGUUAGAUGCCCUUCGCCAGGCACUACAGGUGUCCAAUGUUCUAGCUCUGGAUCGUGACCAAGAUUAUCAGCGACUCACUUUCAAGGAAGCAUUCCGAAUGGCAACACUUGGCGGUGCCAAAGUACUAAACAUGGAGGACCGGAUAGGGAAUUUUGAAAUUGAUAAGGAGUUUGAUGCUCUGCUCAUUGAUGUGUCUGCACCUGGAUCAGCAGUUGAUAUCUUCAGCAAGGACACAAUAGAAGAUAAAAUUCAGAAAUUCCUGUAUACUGGUGACGACCGUAACAUUGCCCGUGUGUAUGUGGCAGGACAUAGAAUAUUGGAUCUGCACAAUAAGAACCUACAUUAAUUGCCUCAGAAUUUCAGAACUAAUCAAGACAGUAGGACUAACAUGUUCAUGUAUGCUUGGGUCUACCAAUUUGUUGAGGAUCCACUGAGAAGAACUGGUAAUGUUUCUUCAGUUUGGAUUCUUAAAUUGAAAUCUGGUAAAGAACACUGCAGAAUUUGUUUAAGUGGUGUCCAGCAAGCAUGUUCCUAGGUGCCAUAUUUUUAGAAAGUUACUGAAUGUUUUGCUGACGAGAAUCAAUAGUGAAUUUUUUUGAAGAAUAACUGAAGAAACGAUCUGGGAAGAUCUUUCACAUAAAAUACAUUAAAGUAACCAUUAAAAAUUAGAAAAAUAACAUUGACAUUCUUAUCCAAGUGACAUGCCAAGUUGGCAUUGAAAAUUAUUUAGAUUUGACAUUGGAAGAUAAAAUAUCUUCUAAUACUGCAGGAUAGAAAGUAAUUAUUUUAUAUAUCUUAACAUUUUAUGGUAUGUAAAAGAAAAAAAGUUUGUCUAUAUAGUAGUGGGGUGCUGCAGCUGAAUGGAAGUGCAGUAAACAAUUUAUAUAACAGGAUUCAAUAUUUCUGUUUCUUAUAGAAACAGUAAAUUUCAUAAUGAAGACUGUAACUAAAGUUAAAUUGAAUGUCAUAUUAGUCUCUCCUUUCGAAAGAUUGUUGACAUAAAAUGUAUAUUAUUUGCUUUGCCUUCAUGGAAGGACUACUUUUAUAUUAUCCCAGUAUUUAAAAUCCCAACAUUCUUACAUAGAUGUCCGUGUGAUGUCGUGUAUUGGAUUUUUUCUAUAACUUAAAUGAUAUUUAAUCUGUGGCAGCUACUGGAUCACACACAAAACUUAAUACAUACUCCUUCCUUCAUAUACUAUCUACUGUAUAAGUAAGGCUCUUAUCUUACUGGUCUUAUGAACAGAAGAAGAAAGAAUAAUAUGCUUAACUGAUCACAUUCUCAGACCUUAUAAAAUACUGUUACAAGUGAAUAUACAGUUUGUAUAAAAUCAUAUAUGCAACAUAAUAAUUUGAGCUUCAACACACAGAUGGGUUGUGAAAGUUUUUCGGUCUGAGGAAAACCUCUCGUGAGUUUAACGAGUGGCAGAUAUUAAUUGUAAUUUUGUUUUAUGUAGUAUAUCGUGGUCAGCUUGAAAAUGUAUUUAAUCUUUACCUGUGCUCUGACCGAGUGAUAAUGUGCCAAUUGGUUGCAGUUGAUAACUACAUACAGUAUAGCUACAUCAUGUGAAAGUGAGCAGAAUCUGAAUAAUUUAAUAGAUGCUUUGAUUUUCACUGAACAGUAGAUUCGAUUUUUUAAGGCCAAGUGCAUCUGUUCCAUUCCAGGAGUUGGAGAAUGGAGUAUAGUUGAUAGAAAGGUGAUUCAAAUAGAAAGAUGUACUGUAUUCAUAUAAAUGGAGUUUCCAAAGUAUAAUUUUUUAUGAAUUUUUACACAUAUUAAAUAAAGAAUUUAAUAAGAAAAUUAAUAUCAAGUAAUUUAAAAAUUUAUUAAUAAAGAAUAACAGUAUGUAUAUAAUGGGUUUUAAUAUAAUCAUGAUGUAUUAUUAUCAGUAAUUCUUUUUUAAAUUUUCAGUAGUAUCUAGUAUCAUCUUAAACACGUUUUGUAAAGACAAUACAGUACUGUAGUUUGUUUUUGUAAAUACACUAAAUAACAUUAGGAAUUUUUUUUUUACUUCUCCGAUGAACAUCAGUACUGUACAGACAUCUGAAUAUAGUAUGCUAUGUACCUGCAUUUUUUUUGCAAAGUUUACUAAACUUUUGAAAAACUGCUAUGAAGAAGGACCGAGUGUGGGAAAUAGUUUACAAUGGUCCCCCAAUUGAUCUUGAGGUUACCAAAGAAAAGUGGGGUUCAGUUAGUUUGAUUUUGGUGGAUUAAAAAUAUCUUAGCAAAUCAAGGGGUUGAGGGAGGAGCUUAUAAAGUUUUGUCAAUCCUGCCCCCAAGAUUUUCUUUCUUUUUACAGAAAACAUUCAGGUCUGCAUUAAGUGUUCCGCAUUAGAAGGGGGUGAAGCGCCACCCCUGGCAAAAUAUGUUUUUGAUGGCUAUCACUAUUUUCACUCUUCCUCUACAUGUUGGCGUUGGAUGUAACCCCCUAGGUAGAAUAGAAAUAUGGAAGAAAGUCCUUCACAAAUAAGGUGUGAUUUCGACUCGGGCCGAGAGCUACGUAUCUGGCUAUGCACUCAGUCAAUGAAGGUGGCUACAUCCCGUUCAGAGUGAGAGGAGCGCGAGCCAAUGACAGCGCGCCUCCCUCGGACCAUACACUCACAGCUCCUCGGCCAAUCCAUGUGCCCAGGUGCUGCCCCCUUCUUAAUUUUGGGGUGUUGUAUAGCAUAAGGGGAGGUUCAUUAUACUUUCUACUGCUAUUUUUGAUAACUUUUCGGCGUAACAUUGAUGUUAUUCGUGCUCCACGGGUGUGAGAAGUGCUGUGCAAUAUCUGCUCGAUAUUAGAGCAAGACUUGAGUGAGGCCAGGCCUUCUGGUGUGGGUCCAGGAGCCCAUUGUUCCUGAGCGUGUGUUUAGUGACGACAGUGCUCACGUGGACACCCCAGGAAUGCUUGGUAAUUGUGAUUUUGGUGGUGAAUUUAGUGGUGAUUAUGGUGAUACAAGUGCUACUGGCGAUGGUGCAGGUGACAAUAACACUUUGAACGAAUAGAAUAACUUUUUAGCGUACUACGAAACAUCCGAAGAUCUUUUUGCCAACUACGAUGAGUUAAAAGACAAUGUGGCAUGCACUGACGGCAAUAAUGACGAUGAAAGUGAAGAUGAAACUGAGUCUAUUGGUAACACAAACAGUGACACUAAUAUAUCACAACAAGAACAUACAGACUGUGAGUUAAGAAGUGGACAGUGACGAGACAUGCAUUGACCUUGAUAAUGAUGAAAGUGAGCCUGACCCAACGAAUGCUAGUGAAAGAUGAGCCCAUAAAUCAGUCUUAUAAUGAAAUUGAACUGUUGCCAGCAUCAAUAAUCAAUGAUUUAGUUGAUGAAGAAUCUGUGUGGCAAUUUUUAGAGAGGGCAGAGAAAGACUUUGAUCAGUACGUAAUUGAUUAUGACAAGGCCAUUAAAGUUAUAAGCACUCCUCAGGAUU